AUGGAUUAAAAGUUAGAAACAUCAAAUAGAUUUAAGAAAUAAGUUCCAACUCUAUUCUACUAAUAAAUGUGCAGUGAUGAAAAUAAAUAUUAAGAAUUAGAAAUAAAAGACAUUUAUGUAGAUAGGCUUUGCUAAAGACAGUUGUUUGAAUUAUAAAUAAAUUAACCAUAAAAAAUCCAUGAUGGAGAUAAAGAGAUAUCAUAUAAAAGUUUUUAAGCAGAUGUAAAUGAAUCCUUACAGAAAUCUUUAAAGGAUAUUAAUAACAAUUAAUCUUUAAUUAAGAGUCAAUAAGCACUUACAUCAUUCAACAUGAAUUAGAUCCCUUAGGAUGAAUAAAUAGAUUAUUAGCCUAAGUCAAAUAAACAUAAGCAUCAUUAUGAAGAAAGUAAAACAACUUCAAAGUAAAAUAGUAAGAAGAAGUUGUUUUAAUAUGAAGAAAAUAAUAGAGAAAGUUCAAGCAAAAAUGAAUCAGAAAAAGAAAGUAGUAAUUUUUCAGAACUUAAUUAGCGAAUUUCUUCAAAUUCAAAAAAUUUUGAAGGCCAAAAAGAAAAUUAAAAUUAAUUAUCUAAUAUGGAUAUUAAUAACAGCUAAAAGAGCUAAAGUCAAAUAGCUAUAUAAGAUGAAAUGAUUUAUGAAAAAGAUCUCAAAGUGCUUGGAACAAAAAUAAAUACAGCUGUGAAAAUUUAAUAUUUUAAUAAAUAAGAAACAAUGGUGAUCAUGAGAAUCAGAUAAAAUGUCAAAACCUUUAUUUAUAACCUAAAAAUAAGGCAUUCAAAUAGAAAGUUAGAUGACUUAAGCGAAAAAGAAUACUAAAAUAUUAAUGAUUUAUCUCAUUUUUAUCGCCAAAAAGAUUAGAUUCACAAAAGCUUUAAGAUAUUCCUAGUAUUUAGUAAAAUUUUAAAGAAAACUUAAAAAUUAGCAAUUUUCAUGCCGACUGACACCUCAAGAGUCAUCUGGGAUUUAGUUUAAGUUGUUUUUACCUAUACAUUUUUUUAUUUAUAUUCAAUCAUUAUUUUUUUUGAUUAAAAUGAUUUUGAUACCAAUUUCAUUCAACAAAUAAGCUUUUAUGCAUUUGUUUUUUUCUUGCUUGAUAUAUUAGUCAAUUUGAAUACAGCCUUUUUUGACAAAGACAUCAUCAUUACUAGGCGUAAGCUAAUUGCAAAGUAGUAUAUUUUAUCAUCAAUAUUUAUCACUGAUUUGAUAAGUAUGUUUAUACUUGGUUCUAAAGUCAUCUACUCAAACUCCUUUAUUAGCAACAAUACAAAUCAGAACCUCUUUUUAUUUGGCUUAAAUUUACUUAUUUUCCUAAAAGGAAACGGAAUAUCCUCCAGUGUUAUAACAGUUGCUCAUAUAGCUGCUAUAGGAUGGUAUUUUGUUGGCAUUUCAGAAUCAAAUAAUAAUCAAAAUAAUUGGCUUGAUAAGCUUAGUAUUUCAUCCUAUACAUACUAUUAAAAAUACAUAUAUUCUAUUUACUGGUCGAUUACAACUAUGACAACAGUUGGAUACGGAGAUAUUUCAGCUUCAAAUUCCGCAGAGGCACUUUAUAUAACAAUUACAAUGAUCUUGUUUAGUUGUGUUUUUGCAUAUUCUAUUAAUAAUAUAGGUUUUAUAUUACAAGAAAUAGAAAAGUCUUCAAAAUAGCUAAAUGAUGACAUUACUACAAUACAAAGGUAUCUUAUAAGAAAGGAUGUGAAUAUUUAACUCAAAAGUAGGGUCAGACACUACUUAUCUUUUUUAGCGUAGGAGCAAAAAGAUAGGGAUAAAUAAUAAGAAGAUAAAAUACUCUCUGUCCUCUCAAAUAAGCUUAGAGAUGAAAUCACCCAAGAAAUAAACUCUAAAAUUUUAAAUAACUACCUCAUUUUUAGUUCUAAUUUUUCUUAGUCUACUUUAAAUAAACUAAUAUUUAUCAUGUAAGAGAUUUUAGUAAAUCCAAAUGAGGUAAUAAUAACUGAAGGCUAGUCUGAUGACUCUUCAAUAUAUUUCAUUCAAAACGGAAUAAUUGAGAUUUAUCAGUAAUAAAUUUAAAAAUAAAAUAUGAUAACAGUUGUAAAAACAUUGACAAAAGGGUAAAUUUUUGGUGAAAUUUCUUUUUUUUCUGGUCUUUAGAGACAAUCAUCAGCAAGAAGUGUGAAUUUAUCGACUCUUUAUAAAAUCAACAGAGAAGAGUUUAUAGAAAUAUUAAAAGAAAACACAGAAGAUUUCGAGAGGUUUAAAAUGAUGCAGGAUUAAAUCAUAUUUCAAAAAGAUAUAACUAUUACUCAUUCUGAAUGCUAUAGCUGUAAAAACAGUGGUCACUUAGCUAAUUAAUGUCCUAGAACUCAUAAAUAUUUUGAUAAAUAAUUUACUAUUUUGAAACAAAACUUUUCUAUGUUUUAAGAAAGACUUUUUAAAGAAAGAGUAACCAUAAAAUCUAAAUUUAAUGCUAAGAUAUUAUGGAAAAAAAAUUAAGGAAUAGUUUUAAGGUUAAAGCAAAGUAUUCAAAAAGAAGAUGAUGAGAUGUAUUAAAUGUUUACUAAUGAAGAAAAUUUUAAUACUGACUAUUCAUAAUCUUAAUUUGAUAAUGAGGAUAAUUAAGAUGAUGAAGAAGAAGACUCAUAAAGUUAAACCACAAUCCAGUUUGAUGAUAAAGAAAAUGAAAUUAACAUUAAAAAAAUAUAAUAAUAAUUGGAGAAAGCGGAAAAGUAGGUAAAAACCAUGAACUAAUUUAAUUCUAAUUUGACAAAUUGCGAAGAUGCUGAGUAAUUAGCGAGUCUAGAAAACUAAAUAUAAAAUUUGAAUUCAAAUUUUAUCUACGAAAAUCAAGAUUUUGCUAGAGCUAAAUCUAAUACGUUGAAUUCAUAAGGAAUAUCAAAGUCAUUUGAAGCAUCUGGUAGUAUCGAUACAAUUAACUAAGAUUUUUAAAGCAGUUAACAGAAAUCAAUUAGAGCAAUUUACAAAAAGGAUACAAAAAUUGAAAUAUAACCAUCACUUCUAAGCUAAGAUGACUACGAUGAUGGGCAAAAUUCCAAUAAAUCGAAAAAAUUUGAUAAAUAGAAAUAAAUGACAAUAAAUGCUCAAUUCACAGAUUAUUUAAAAAGUUAGAUGAAAUAUGGUCCUUACUAUAGUAAUUUAAAUAAGCACAUUUAGAAAUAGGUAUCAAAUCAAUCAGUUGAUGAUAACUCAUAAUACCAGUAAACAACAGAUAUUCCGAUAUUGCCUAUCAAUAAAAUUGAUAAUAAUUAGAGAAAAUCUAAAACUAAUCAUUUUAACUCACCUAAAAAGAACUCUUACAAGAAAAGUUUAAUUUAAAAUUAAAGUUAAAAAGAAUUGAGGUCUUCUGUUGAAUAAAUGUUGCUACAGAAUAUUGUUUAAAUGGGUCUAACGUCAGAUAAAAGGAAUUCUGGAUCUCAGAAUAAGAGUAAUGAAAGCAAUUUUAAUUAUGAUAAAAAUGGAAAAAUUUAAAACUCAAGUAGGUCAAUAAGGGAUAACAACUAAUAAAAAUCAAAUCAGUAUUUGUCCCCAAAAAAUAAUAAUUAAAAUUAAGGUAUAAAUUAAGACUAGAAUAAAUAAUUACAAUAACAACUUAAUGAAAAAAUGAAUAACCCAAAUUAAAAUGAAAAUCAAUAGCUUUUUGAAAAGGUUAGUAAAUUACUUUAAAAUAUGUAGUUACCUCUUUUGCUUUAGCUAACAAAUGGUAAAAGCUUAUUACAAGACUCUUAGUUUAUAUAGUCAAAUUCAAUUGAUUAUUUUGAUAAGAUUCAACAAUUUAAAAAAUUUUAUCCUGAGAAUAAUUUUGAUAAAGUGCUUCACAAGUUAAAAGCUGUGUAGCAAGAAUAAAAGAAAUAAAAAAAGAUGAAAUUAGCUUCAAAAGAGCGUCGCUAAAAUAUAGGAUUUGGUAAUACAAUAAGAGUCUCUAUAUUCUAAGGAAACGCAAAUAUUAUUAGGUUCUAACCUUUAGAUUAUGAUAUCAAUCUAUAUAAACCAACUUAUCUAUCUUAUGGAACCAAAAUGCAGAAAGGUGUCAACUACCCUUUAAAUAUGCUUUCUAAAAAUACGGAGAAUGCCUAUUUCGAUUACUUAUUUUUAAAACUUUAUUAAAUUACAAAGAAUUAUAAUCUCUUAUUAUUAAUAAAUUUCAUUUAACAUAUUUAUAAAAUUGACAAUAUUCACUUUCCUAUAAACAGUGAUAAUAGUAUUAGAGAUUACUUUGGGUUCCAUAUUGGAUAUGUUCUACUUAAUCUGAAUCAGAUCUUAAAGCUUGAAGUUAAUUUAAGAUCUAACUUAAUCCAUUCCUAAGGAGUUAUAGAAUUGAGUAAAGGUUUAAAAAAGUGUUAGAUUAUUCAUACCUUACUGUUAAAGUUAAGCAAUAAUCCUAUAGAUGAUUUUGGAAUUAUUAAUUUAUGUUCCUCAAUAAAUAGUUAUGGUAACUUAAAUUACUUGCUUCUUGAUUUAAUUAGCACCUAAAUUACUUCAAAAACUGCAAAAUAUUUAAUCAACGAUCAUUCUAAUUGGGAUAAUUUAGAUACUUUAAUACUUUGCCUAAGUUUCAACAAAAUUGGUGAUUAAGGAGUUUCUGAAUUAGGGUCUGCUUUGAAAAACUUAAAAAAAGUAUCAUCUUUAGAACUUUAUUUAAGAGAUACUGGAAUUAAUACAAAAGGGAUUAAUACAUUUGGUUAAUACUUAGGUUAAUGCAUAUCUAUUUAAAAUCUAACUCUGAACUUAGUACAAAAUAAUAUUUGCUCAAAAGGAAAGUCUAAUUUAGGUUUUGCUUUAUCAAACUGUAUAAAUUUAUCUAGCCUAAACAUAUAUCUUCAAGAAAACUAUUUUGAGUUAUCCAAUUCUGACAAAGUUAUUAAUUAAUUUAAGUCAUACUUGAACAUUUAGAUCAAAUAAGGAGAUCCUUUAAUUUCUUCUUUAGAAAAGUGUACUAAUCUUUAAAAGUUAGAUAUUGAGUUAGGAUCAAAUAAAAUAAAUGAUUAAACUGUGAAAAGCAUUGGAAUAUCUUUAAAGAGCUUAAAUAAUUUAUCUUAUCUCAAAAUUGAGUUAAGGGAUAAUAAGAUUUCUUCAGAAGGUUUUUCUGGUCUAUGUAGUGGCUUAGAGUCUUCUAAAAAUCUUUAAGUCUUACGUCUUUUCUUGGGAAAUAACAAAAUUGAUGAUGGAGCAUUUAUAAACUUUAAGCUAAAAUAAUUAGAAAAAUUAGCUGAUUUAUCGUUAGAUUUUUAUGAAAAUAAAAUUAGUUUUAAUGGUGUUUGUAUUUUAAGCUUUGAAAUUGCAAAUUUGAAAAAUUUAUAAUCUAUUUACUUAGAUUUCAAUAAAACCUUAAUUGAUGAUUAGAGCCUAAAUCUUUUAGGGUUUAAUUUAGGAAGAUUAGCAAGUCUAAAAGAAAUAAAACUUUUCCUGAGUGAUAAUUUAAUUAGAUCAUUACCAUUAAUAACGCUAAUUCAGCCAUUAUCAUAAGUUAAAAAUCUCAAAGUUUUGCAAAUUUAUUUAAGGAAUAAAUACACAUAAAUUAGUUUCUAAAAGGAUUUAGCAAUUGCAUUUUAAAAGUUACUCAACCUAUUAUAUUUAUCACUUAUUAUUAAAGACUAUAAUAACAUAGGAAAUAGCUUAAAUUUGAUUGGUGGAGGUAUCGAUUUAAUUUAGAAUAUUAAAAAAAUGAAAAGACUUGUUUAGAAAAACAUAAAAAUAGAAUUAUGA